UUUGUUGAUUGUAGCCCUUCCAUUUUCACGUUCAACCUGAAACCUGCUUUGAGAAGUGUGAUUCGAAACUAUGGCUCAACCAACACCAGUUUUACACCGAGGAAUAGUUAAACAGGUGCUCUCUGGGGACAGUGUUAUAAUAAGAGAACAGCCAAGAGGAGGGCCUCCGCCGGAGAAAAAUCUGGGACUUUCAAAUGUUACUGCCCCAAAAUUAUGUCGGCGACCAACAGCGGCUGUGUCUGCCGAGGGCCGUGAUGAGCCAUGUGCCUGGGAAAGCAGGGAGUUUCUAAGGAAACAAAUAAUUGGGAAAGAGGUCUUUUAUUCAGUUGAAUAUAAUGCUCCUGGUUCAAACAAGCAUUAUGGAUGCAUAUAUCUUAAGAAUGGUGACCAGUUGCAAAACAUUACAGAGCUAAGUGUUUUAGAAGGUUUGCUGGAAGUGAAGAGAGGUGGCAUUAAAGCCAAUGAUGACCAGAGUAAGCUUAUUGAAAUGGAAGAAGCAGCAAAAGCAGCAGAAAAGGGGAAAUGGGCAAAAGAUGCAAGUGAGCAUAUACGGGAAAUUCAUUGGUCCAUUGAAAAUCCAAAACAUUUUGUUGAUGCUAAUUCAGGAAAGGAAUUUAAUGCUAUAAUUGAGCAUGUUCGAGAUGGGUGCACGGUGAGAGCAUUCCUGCUUCCUGAUUUCUAUCAUGUUACUGUAAUGAUGUCAGGAAUUAAGACUCCAAUGUUUAAACGUGAUGGUACAACUGAAAUACCUGACCAAUAUGCAGAAGAGGCUAGAUUUUUUACAGAAUCAAGGUUGCUACAAAGAGAAGUAAAAAUACGUUUAGAUGGAGUAUCCAAUGCAAAUUUCCUUGGAACUAUAAUACAUCCUGCUGGCAGCAUAUCACAAUUGCUACUACGGGAAGGUUUCGCUCGCUGUGUUGAUUGGAGCAUGUCAGUGCUACCAUCGGGUCAUGAUGUCUACAGAAGUGCAGAAAGAUCAGCGAAACAAUUGAAAAAAAGAAUCUGGAAAGAUUAUGAACCGUCUGCACCUAGUGUUGUCAUUGAUAAUAAAGAAUUCACUGGGAAGGUUACUGAAGUAAUAAAUGCUGACGCAAUUGUUGUAAAAUCUCCGGAUGGUAAAAGUAAAAAGUUAUUCCUUUCGAGUUUAAGACCACCAAGGUUAACGGUGAAAGAAGAUGGUUCUCAAGAGCAGUCUUCUGGAAACAGACGAACACGGCCUCUCUAUGAUGUUCCAUAUAUGUUUGAGGCCAGGGAGUUCAUGAGAAAGAAAUUAAUUGGAAAAAAGGUGAACAUAUGUAUAGACUACAUCAAACCUCCAAGUGAUGGCUACCCUGAAAAAACUUGCGCCACUGUUACCAUAGGAACAGUUAAUGUUGCUGAAGCUUUAAUCAGCAGAGGUUUAGCAACAGUAAUCCGUCACCGACAAGAUGAUGAUCAAAGAUCGUCUCAUUAUGAUGAACUACUAAGUGCAGAGACCAGAGCGGUGAAAAAUACCAAGGGAGUCCACAGUAAGAAAGAAGCACCAACACACCGUAUUUCUGAAGUCUCAGGGGAUGCUCCAAAGGCCAAACAGUUUCUACCGUUUCUUCAAAGAGCUGGUCGUAUUUCUGGCAUAGUAGAGUUCGUAGCAAGCGGUUCACGGCUGAGGGUGUAUCUCCCAAAGGAGACUUGUCUCAUAACGUUGCUAUUGGCUGGAAUCGAGUGUCCGCGUAUGCAGUCUUCUGGAAACCAGGGUCCCAUGAUUACUGGUGAGCCUUAUGGCGAAGAAGCUUACAAUUUUACAAGGGAACACUGUUUACAGAAAGAUGUUGAGAUUGAAGUGUCUGCUUGUGAUCGAGCCGGAAAUUUCAUUGGCUGGUUAUUCAUAGAUGACGUCAAUCUAUCAUUAUCGUUAGUUAAGGAAGGUUUAUCAAGUGUCCAUUUUAGCGCAGAGAAAAGCCAGUUUUACAGUCAACUUAUUACGGCGCAAGAAAAUGCUAAAUCGUCGAAAAUGAAGAUCUGGGAAAACUUUGAAGAAAAGAAAACUGUCGAAGUCGUAGAUGAUAAUACAGAAAGACAAUGCAAAUAUGAAAAAGUUGUAAUCACAGAAGUUGAAAGUCCAAAUGGCGGUUUCUGGGUUCAACAUGCAGAUAGUGGAAAUGAAAUCGAGCAAAUGAUGGAAAGACUGAGAACCACUCUAGCUGCUAAUCCUCCCGUACCAGGCUCCUACACAGCACGCAGAGGAGAGUUAUGUGCUGCUUUAUUUGCUGAUAAUAAUUGGUAUCGCGCCAGAGUGUUAAAAACAGCAGGACCGAAAGAAAUAACUGUCAUGUAUAUAGACUUUGGAAAUAUCGAAGUGUUGCCGAUUUCAAAGAUAAGAGCUUUACCUCACGAGUUUACAAGUAUGAAACCGCAAGCAGUUGAAUAUAACUUGGCGUUGGUUCGCGAACCAAACGAUGAGGAAAUGAAAUACGACUUGAGUACUGUAUUUAGAAAUAAAACCUUGAACAACAUGUUUUUACUGAAUAAGGAGUACAAAAUUAACAACCAGGAGUUUGUCACUCUUGCCAAUCCUGAUAGCAAAGAAGACGUUGGCCGAGCAUUGAUUGCGGAAGGAUUAGCACUAGUUGAUAAACGGCACGAGAAACGUUUCCAGAAGAUGAUUAAAGAUUAUCAGGGAGCUCAAGAGAGUGCCAAGAAAAACAGAUUGAAUAUGUGGCGAUACGGUGAUAUUACAGAUGAUGACGCAAAGGAGUUUGGUUAUCCAGCAAAGUAGAUAUGCGAGAACAAUUUUAA